GGGGCGCUUCCCGCCCCGCGCCUGAAAACCUCUCUGACAAGUGGCAAAGCGCUCGCAGAGCACGCUGCUCCCUCCGAAGGGCGGCAGGAAGCCGCGGGGGCUCGCCUCGCACCCAGCCCCGCUGCCGGCCUGUGGCUCGCCGCCUGUGCCGCGGGGUGGGUCGCGACCCGCUGCCGGGCGCUGCGCGGUGCGGAGCGCGCCGCCGCUUCGCCUUCCAAGUGCGGGAGCCGGCUGCGGGCUUGGCUUCUACUUGCCGCUGGUUUUUUUCCCCCCCCUUCUUUCCAAUCACUGUUUUGCCAUUUUGUUAUUUAUUUUCUCCUACUUCGUUGCCGUUGUUUUUUGUUUCCGUUGUUUGUAAACUAAUUGCCUCCAUGGGGGGCGGAGGAAAGGAAAUCAAAGCUGCCGCAGCUGAAGGGUGUGCGAGCACGCUGGGGAAGAGCCGAGGAGCCGCAGGACAGGAUGGCAACGGGAAGCCCGGCGGCAGCGGGAAGCCCGGCCCCGGGAAGCGCGGCUGCGGCGGGGAGCGCUGCCCGCGGCGGGCCGGGCCGGUCGGCUCCGCGCUGGCCGCGCUCCUCUCGGCGCUGGCCGCGGCCUCCUGCGUCUACCUGGGGGUGCGGACCAGCGACCUCCAGGCCAGGGUCGCGGCCAUCGAAGGCGCCCGAGGGGGCUUCUCUGCCGCCGCCCCGCUCCCGCCGCUGCCCGGCUUUUCCUUGGAGCAGCUGAACGCGAUGAUGCAGGAGAAAGUGGAGCGACUUCUCGCCCAGAAAUCCUACGAGCACUUGGCAAAGAUACGAGUAGCGAGAGAAGCGGCUCCAGAGUGCAACUGCCCACCAGGUCCUCCAGGGAAAAGAGGUAAGCGGGGAAGAAGAGGAGAGACUGGACCUCCUGGUCAGCCUGGUCCUCAAGGCCCUCCUGGUCCAAAAGGCGAGAAGGGAGAUCAAGGUGAUCAGGGCCCUCGGGGUCUGCCAGGCUUCCCCACAGUUGCUGCUCUGCACAGUAAUCAGAUCCUCACCGUCAAGGGGGACCAAGGACAAGCUGGACCCCCUGGGCCUCCAGGGCCACCAGGACCCAGAGGUCCCCCAGGAGAUACUGGCAAGGAUGGUCCUCGUGGGAUGCCUGGCUUAACGGGUGAGCCAGGAAAACCAGGAGAACAAGGAUUGACAGGACCUCAGGGGCCUCCAGGACAAAAGGGUUCUGUUGGAGUGCCUGGUGUUCCAGGGAGAGAUGGACAAGUGGGUGAACCUGGUUUGCCUGGCAUAGCAGGAGAGAAGGGAGAAGCGGGGCUCAAGGGUGACCCUGGCGAAAGAGGAGAAAAGGGGGAUGCUGGUGAGAAUGGAAUGAAGGGUGACACAGGAGAAAAGGGUGACCCUGGCUCUUCUGCGGCUGGAAUUAAGGGUGAACCUGGUGAAUCCGGACGGCCUGGGCAAAAGGGUGAACCAGGCCUUCCUGGGCUUCCUGGACUCCCUGGAAUAAAGGGUGAACCAGGUUUCAUUGGUCCACAAGGAGAACCUGGGUUGCCAGGGCUACCAGGAACCAAGGGUGACAGAGGAGAGGCAGGCCCUGUUGGGAAGGGUGAGCGAGGUGAACCUGGGAUCCCUGGACCAAAGGGGAAAACAGGUGAACCUGGAUCUAGAGGCCCCAAAGGGUCAAAGGGGGAUACCGGUGAGAGAGGUGACACAGGAUCUGCAGGUCCACAGGGACCACCUGGACAGAAGGGCGAUCAAGGUGCAACAGAGAUAAUUGAUUAUAAUGGCAAUAUCCAUGAAGCUCUGCAGAGGAUUGCCACCCUGACUGUCACGGGACCACCAGGACCACCAGGACCCCAAGGGCUGCAAGGGUCAAAGGGUGAACCAGGAUCCCCAGGAAUUCCAGGAGCUGAUGGAGAACAGGGUCCUAAGGGCUCAAAAGGAGACACAGGUGAUCCUGGAAUGCCUGGAGAAAAAGGGGGAAUUGGACUUCCUGGCCUACCAGGAGCCAAUGGCAUGAAAGGCGAAAAAGGAGACGUUGGUUUGCCUGGUGCCCAAGGUCCUUCAAUGAUAGGACCACCUGGACCACCAGGGCCACAUGGUCCUCCAGGCCCUAUGGGACCUCAUGGACUGCCUGGCCCAAAGGGUGAACCAGGGUUAAAUGGUCUUAAAGGAUUGAAGGGUGAACCAGGUCAAAAGGGUGACAGAGGGCCCCUUGGUCUUCCAGGAGCAUCUGGCUUAGACGGAAAGCCAGGAGCCCGGGGUAUAGAUGGCCCGGUUGGUCCCCAUGGCCCUGCAGGUCCCAAAGGAGAGAGAGGUGAGAAGGGAGCUGUCGGUGACCCUGGACCCAGAGGACCGUACGGCUUGCCUGGUUUCCCUGGUCCUCGAGGAGAAAAGGGUGAUAUAGGAGAAAAGGGAGAAAAGGGAUUCCGUGGAAUUAAGGGGGAAAAAGGGGAGCCAGGCCAGCCUGGCCUGGAUGGGCUGGAUGCCCCUUGCCAAUUGGGUCCUGAUGGAUUACCAAUGCCUGGCUGUUGGCAAAAGGGAGUCACACCAUGGCUCAUUGCUAGAAAGAGAUAAACCAGAGGAGCACAGAAAGAGGCCUUGAAUUUUUGGGGAAUAGCAUUCCAGCUGCAGGUGGAUGGCUUCCAGUCUUGCGGGAUACUUGGCCCCUUUGAUCAGAGAGGGUCCCGCCUGUUGAUCAGCUUCGGUUUUGCCUUGCGCUGCUCACGGUCGUGAAGACAUUCGCGAUAGGCCCUGUCGAGUCCUUCAUCAAGAGGGACAGAACGUUGAAGAAGAAACCAGACUUCUCUGUGGGUUGUUUGAAAAGGUUACAGAGGUGCUGCAGGGAUCAUUUGAUGGCAGACACCACCUGAGACCAGAAGCUUCUCAACCUCACUUGAGGACAGACAGAGUGUAUAUACUCUGCAUAUUGUAUUUUGGACUGCUGGAGGAGAAAGCACUCUUGAGGUGGGGAUGAAUCAGAUCAUCCUCCAGAGGAGGAUAGCAAUGGAACUGACCAGAGAUAUUAGUAUCAUGGUGUGGUUUUCAGGUUAUUCACUUCAAAUUACACAUAACUAGCUGAACUUCUCUACGGGAUUUUGGAAGCAAUGGUUUGCUUUGUUUCCUUUGUUUCCUGUUACUGUUGCCAUAAAGAAUGCAUUUCAAUAACCUAUUCAACAUUUGUGAUGAUGGCAUUGAAGAAAAUACACUCAAGCCUCAUAUUCAUCUUGUUUCAGUAUUAACAGUUUUUAUUUCAGAGUCUUUGAAGUCUUCAAGUCUAGAAAAGAAAGAGUUUAUUUUUGUGUUUCACAGAAUGAUGUAUUCAUCUUGUUCCUUUUAUGUUGUUACAGUGAUUUUAGUGGACAUUAUUGCUCAAAAAACAUUGGAGAGAAACAA